CUCUCAUCCAUCCCUCUUUCUCUCAAUUAGGGCUCCAAUUACCACAACCCCUCUCUCUCUCUCUCUCUCUCUCAAAUGGCAGAAAACUCUCCAAAACGCCACCGCGAUGACUCAAUCGCCUCCGAUCUAGACGAUUCAUGCUCAACCGCGAAGCGCCGAAAGCCCUAUAACAACAUUCUCAACCUCCUCGACGAAGAGGAGCCGGAGCCGAGCAGCCAGCUGAGCCAGGAUUUAUCAGCUAUGUUCACCACCCUCGAGCAGGAGCUCUCCUCCUCCACCACCACCACCUUCGACUUUGAGCCUCUGGCGGAGGCGUCGGAGCACUCUCAGCCACUAGCCUCCACUGGAGACGAGGACGAGAGCGUGAAGUCUGUGAUGAGGCAUCUUCUAGAAGCUUCGGAUGAUGAGCUCGGGAUUCCGAACACGACGGACGAAAACGCCGUUGAAAAUUUUAACGGCGUCGAAGAUUUACCGUUUGCGUUUACGGAUCACGAGCUGUGGGAAUUUGAAGACGUGGCGGCUAAUUACUAUACUGUUUUACAGUCUGAACUUUUCAUGUAGUAGAAGAAACAAAUAUUUAAUUUAUGGGUCUAUAAAUGACAAGUAGGAAUAUUUAGAGGGUGUAGAGGUAAAUCAAUCCAAGAUUAGGGGCAAAGGAAAAGAAAAAUGGACAAGUUUUUAGGUUUUUCA